AAUUAUAGUGAUUUUUGUAUUUAAAACAAGGCGAAAUGUGUUGAAUAAAAAUAUACAGCAUAUUUUUGCUUACAAAAAUUCAUACAUAUAAUAAAGAUCGAAAUAUUUUAGCCAAAAAAUAAAAAAUCGAUUAAUCCGAAUGAAAAAUAAUCCAAAAUCGAUGGACGUCCUAUUGGCUACUUUGUUCAAUUUCAAUUAUUCAAACCGUUGAAUUACGACGUGAACACCGACGGUCCGACACCAGUCUCCGCCGACCUGUAACACAGCCAAUUCCGCCGCCGCCACGACCAGCGCAAUCUUCCAAUGAAGCAGAAGCUACGGCCUCUUCGAAAAUCAGUUAGCCCCCGCUCCUUGAUCAAGAAGCAAAAGAAUUCCUAUGCUUGCGCAAAAACCUCGAAACCCCCAAAACUCUCCCAAUUCAAUCCGUCACCAGAUCUGCCUUCCUCGUCCUCUUCAAAUUCCUUACCGAUUCCCGACUUCUCGGCCAUCCCGUACGACGCAUUAGUCAGAAUUGCGGUGUCGUUCACGCUGCCGGAUCUGAGGGCGGCGUCACUGGUUUGCAGAGCGUGGAGGGACGCACUCAAGCCGCUGAGCGAGGCGAUGGUUAUGUUUAAGUGGGGGAAGAAGUUCAAGCACGGACGCGGAGGGGUGCAGCCUAACUUGGACAAGGCUUUGGAUAGUUUCUUGAAGGCAGCGGCGCGUGGGUCCAUUCUCGCUAUGGUGGAUACGGGUUUGAUUUAUUGGGAAAGGGGGAAGAUAGAAGACGCGAUUGUUUGGUAUAGGAAAGCCGCCGAGCUUGGUGAUCCCGCUGGACAAUGUAAUUUGGCUAUCUCUUUUCUGCAAGCUAAUCCUCCAAAUACCAAAGAGGCCGUUGAGUGGCUGUACAAGGCUUCCAGUGCCGGCCAUGCUCGGGCUCAAUACCAACUAGCGCUUUGUUUUCAUCAAGGUCAAGGGGUGGAACAAAGUGUACAAGAAGCGGCCUGCUGGUAUGCAAGAGCUGCAGAGGGGGGAUAUGCGCGUGCUAUGUAUAAUACAUCCCUAUGCUACUCACUCGGCGAAGGUUUGGGGCAGUCUGAUACGUUGGGUAGAAAAUGGAUGAGGAGGGCAGCCGACCACGGUCAUAGCAAAGCUCAGUACGAGCAUGGAUUGGCCCUCAUUUCGGAAGGCGACACAAUGAAUGCUGCGGUGUACCUGGAGCUGGCCGCUAGGGCAGGGGAAAUGGGUGCAGCAGCAGCAAGAGACGCUGCGCUCGACCAACUCUCACCAACUUCUCGAAAUAGAGCCGUGCUUCUUGCGCACAAAUGGCGUGCUUCGUGCUGACUCGACUAUGCAGCUACAUGUAGUCAAAUUAAAGUGUUAAGGGCGUUGUAACUUGUAACAUUCAAAUUGAUUUCAAUGACAAUUUUAUAUAUAUAUUUUUUUU